CAGUAAUUAUAGUAUUGCUUGCAUGGUAGUUGCUGGAAUGUCUUGUGUACUUUAAGUUCUUAAAGGUGUACGUAGAAAAGACAUGAAAAAGUUAAGUCUUUUAAAAUAUAAUGUAUGAACGACUACUCUUGGAUCAACAAUGUAUAGGUUGUUACAUUAAAAUUAGAUUUGUUCUUUUAUAGAGAACAUAUUAAAAUAUUUUUAUAGAAAAGGGUUUGUAAUAAAUUGAAUUAAUAUGGAUUUUAAUUGUUUAUGGAUUAUUGUUCAUGAUGAGACCUAGUUUGUUAAAGGGGCCACCCAUUAAUCAAUUAGACUCUCUAGGCAAUAAUUGAUUGUCUAUCUUAAAUUAGGCAACUAAUUUGAGACGGAUUAAAUUGAAAUCCUUAUUAAUUUAAUUUGAAAUUACGGAUCCUGCUGAUUUAUAUAGGCUUAGAAUAAAUUAUGAUAUUGCAUUAAGUCAUGUGGUUCCAUCAAUUAGAAAUGGGUUAAAUUGAAAGUCCUUGCUUUGCUUUUUUUCCCCUUUACUUCUUGUGUUUUCUAAAUAAAAUUAAUAUGGAUUUUAAUUGCUCAUCGAUUAUUGUUAAUGAUGAGACCCGAGUUGGUUAAAGGGCCACCCAUUAAUCAAUUAAACUCUCUUGGAAAUAAUUGAUGAUCUAACUUAAAUUAGGCCAAUGAUUCAAGAUAGAUUAAAUUAAGAUCCCUAUUAAUUUAAUUUAUCAAUCAAAUUACUGAAUUUUAUUUUUAUUACUAGUAGAAAUCCUUUUUGUUUUCUUUUUUAAAUCAAAUUAAUAUGGAUUUUAAUUGUUCAUUAAUUAUUUUCAAUGAUGAGACUCAAGUUGGUUAAGGGUGCCGCCCAUUAGUCAAUUAAACUCUCUAGGCAAUAAUUGAUGGAAAUUAAGAUCCAUAUUAAUUUAAUUUACCAAUCAAAUUAUUGGAUUUUAUUUUUUAUUACUAAUAGAAUCCCAUUCCGUUUUCUUUUAAAUCAAAUUAAUAUGGAUUUUAAUUGUUUAUCGACUAUAGUUAAUAAUGAGACUCAAGGUUGGUUAAGGGGGCCACCCAUUAUAGUCGUUUUUGCUUUUUGCGAAUUUUCAGGUGAAUUCAGAGUUUCCUUUUUUACUUUCUUUUUGCUACUGCUACUGCUGUUUCUUCUUCUAGCCCUUUUGGCCUCCUUGUCCUGAUGUAGCACCAUGCUUUUUUAUUCUAGACCUUGUAUAUUCUCUGCCCAUUUUGUCAAAAAGUUCGGCUCUUUUAUUCUUUAAGAUAAAAGGUUGAGCCUUGGCUUGUUGGGUCUGCUAUAGUUGCUUAUGUUACAUUAUUUGCAUAUUGAAGUGAAGGGUUUUCUUCUGGUAGUCUUUGUGCACUGAAGCUUGGAGGUUUAGUAUCAAGACUUAAUAUGGAGUGAUAGUGCAGAUUCGGCCUUUGAUAAAAGCUUGAGAUUUUGAAUUUAGUUUCAUGGGUUUGGGGUAGUGCUGGUAGUCUGUGUUUACGUGUCAUUGGAAUUUUUUAUAUUUUUUUUCCUUUUUAAUAAGUAUUUUUCAUUUUCUUGAAGCUAUAACUUGUCUCGGCGUCCAGCAAAUUUGACAUCCCUUUGGGGAUUAGAUCUCUGUAUAACGAGUUUACUAUGAAUUUUUUUUAAUAUCCUGUCUAAAAUAUACUAGCAAUUGUUACAAGCAUAUGCAUAGUUUCAUUUUUAGUGCAUAGGUUCCUCAGUAAAUAGUGAAUCCGCACAGGUUCAUGUUUAGUUCAGAAUUGUUAAUAUUAUAAUAUUUAUUGUUUUAUAGUAUAAUAGUCUAAUUCUUUGUAAUAUAAUUUGUUAUGAUGCAAUGCGUCUAUUCCAUCUAUAAAUUUCAUUAUUGAUUAACCCAAAAACUAUACUUAGGGUGUGUGUUUUCCAUCUAAUCCUGUUUCGAUUAGGUUUCUCUUUUGUUUCAUUGUAAAUGCUAUUUGUGUUUCCAUGAGUGUUUUUCGGGGUUCUCUUUGAUUUCUCCAUGGCAUUAGGUUAUUUUUUUUAUUGGUAUAAUGUCAAUUUAACUUUCUUCCAUAAAUACAAUUUGGAUCCACAAUAACAGAACAUAGUCUCUCUCUGAUUUCCUACAUGUUCAAGCUGUUCAUCUUUGAUGAUAGAACCUAAACUGCAACUGAAGAUUUAACUGAAAAGCAAAACAAGUAUAUGAGGAAUAAAAAGCUAAAAAGUUGAAAUCACUAUCGGGCAAUUUUGUUUCUUAUUUUAUGUUUAAGCAUUUGAAAAUAUGAUUCCUGCUCAAUUUUAAAGAAAUGGGUAAAGAGGAAAUUCAACAAAUUACAAGAAGAACAACUCGGUCCUUUUCUUCCUCUUCUGCUACAGGCAAUGAGGCUGUGAAAACAAAAAUAAGUGAAUCAUACAUUCCCACCCUCAAAGAUCUCGUUUUUGGAGGGAAUCACCUUAGCUAUGAUGAUCUGCUAUCUAGUUUUCCCACUAGAGGUGUCCAGAUUUCUCAGAUAGUGCAUCUUUUGGGUCCCUUGAACUCCCCCAUGCUUCCUAUAUUUAUUUAUGGAGGUGCUUCAACUGGAAAAACCAGUAUUAUUCUCCAAAUUUUUAGACAUCUCAAUCGCCCUUUGGUUUAUGCAAGCUACCGGACUUGUUAUAGUCCUUGCCUCUUUUUUGAAUCCAUUUUAAAUCAGUUGUUGCUUCAUAAAAAGAAUGCAGUCAAUGGUUAUUCGAGUUCAAAACGCUGCGAAAAGCCAUCUGAUUUUGUUAAUUUACUCCGUGAAUCUUUGCUGAGUGUCAUUGGUGAUCUCAAAGUGAACUCAGGGAAAUUGAGCUCAAAUAAGUUGCCUGGGCAGCCCAAUGGAAGUAUGGUCUACUUGAUACUUGACAAUUUGGAGCUUGUUCGCAAUUGGGAUAAAAGUUCUACCAUAUUACCUUUUAUGUUUAGCCUUUAUGAUAUUUUGAAGAUGCCUGAAGUGGGACUCAUAUAUAUUAGCAAUACUUCACCUGAUACCUAUUACUCCAAUGUGGGAUAUGUGGAGCCUAUUCCUGUUUAUUUUCCUGAAUACACAGAAGAAGAUCUUCGCCAAAUUUUCUUGAGAAACCAAGAAAAUCGAAAGCUCUACUUGUCCUUUCUUGAUGUUGUACUCAAACCAUUUUGUAGAGUUACCAGACGAGUGGAUGAGUUAUCUACUGCCUUUUCAUCAUUGUUUAGAAAAUAUUGUGAACCCUUGAAUGACUUGGAACAUGUAUCCUAUGAAGAGAUGAAGAGAAGGUUGUUCAGUCAUUUUCAACCGCACAUUGCCCUUUCUUUGAAUGAGAUAUUCCAGGUUCCCUCUUGGCCUCCCCUUGAGGUUGAAUCCAACAAGGAGAAAAAGCGGAAAAGUAGCAUAAGAAAGUCAGGAGGCUGUGAAGAUUUUGCCGAGUUAGAUUUUCAUAUGUCUACUUCUGCAAAGUAUCUUCUUAUUUCAGCAUUCCUUGCUUCAAGAAACCCAGCUACUCUUGAUGCAUCUUUGUUUGAUUCAACUGCAGGUUCAGAUAGUCACAAACGUAAGAGGAAGGCUUCUGUAAAAUCAUUAGAGCAGAAGGAAGCUGCAGAACAGGAAUUACUUAUGAAAGGACCUGGAACUUUCCCAUUGGAGAGGUUAUUAGCUAUUUUUCAAUGUAUAUCAUCUGUAGUGGAAGGUCCACUUGAUGAAGAAAAUGAAAAUGAUGUCCUAAGAUUUGAAAGUGGGGAUAGUGGGUUCAUGUCUGAUGUUCUAAUGCAAUUGUCCAGCCUCUGUAAUGCUAAUUUUAUUAUUAAAGGAGGAAGCUGCCCUUUGGAGGGUUCAACUCGGUAUCGUUCUAUGAUUACUGAAGAUAUGGCUUUGAAGGUAGCUAGGAGCCUGAAGUUUCCUCUGCCAAACUACUUAUACAGAAGAUAAUGUCAAGUGUGGUCAUUAAGUAUUCGUCAAAGAUAAACCAUACAGAAGCUUGAGAGGUGAAGAUAACCAAACAUUGAACAGAGGGAAGAGCUGUUGUGAGAUUCGUUUAGUGGAGACUGACAGUAGACUGAGUAUCAAAGAGAGAAUUAUAUGUAUCUGUAUUAGAAAAACAAAAUGGAGAAAUAAUGCUUUGGUCACAUCUUGAAGCUAUAUUCCAGUUUCAGAAGCAGGUUGCUGGUCAGGCAGAUGAGAUGGACUAGUUUGAAACAAGUGUCCAGAGCAUCUUCUUAAUUUUUCCAUCUAUUUUAUUAAUAUCUGAUUCUACAUUACGUCUUAAGAGGAUGUUUGUUGUCCUACUAGAAAUAAUAUAUAUAUAAAUAUCCUUAAA